UACGUGUCCGCGUGUAUAUGAGGGUGUAGACUCACGCGUGAAGUUGUAUUAUUACAUUCUCCAUCACCUGCCACAGUCAGCUGCGAGCGUCAAUCAGGCAGAGACCAACAUGGACCAUUCGGACACGACACUUUAACGUGAUUGGCCUAGCGCUGGUUUGUGGGCGGGCUCAGUUGUUCUUUCUCGAAUUCCGAUUGGACGAAAGAUGCGUUGGUUGACGUGACGCAGCCUGGAAUUCCCAAAGUUCCCAAGUUCACGAAGAGUACAGCGUUGUGCAUGGCGAUUUCAAAAAGAUUUAUGAAGAGAUAAAACCAACAAUAACUGAAGUGUAAGUGAUUUGUAAUUAACGCAUUUCUAUAUGUGAAUUUUCUGGAUUUGGGCGUGUUUUGAAGCAGCUAGCAAGUGGAAAGCUCUGUGUGAGAACGCGGAAGAGUGGGAAUAGGCAGCAUAUAGCUACCAAUCCCUUUGUUUACCUUCAUGGGUGAACCUUGGAUGUGGUUGUUACAACAGUCAGUCUACUAAUUCGCCUCAGUAAUUCAUUAAAGCAGAAACUUGUCGCAUACGUGCAGGCGGAUAAAAACGAGAAUAAAGCUGAUCCCUCCCGUGCUGUGCCGCGUUGAGCCUGUAGAGGGCGAUGUCUGACCACAGCAACAGCACUGGCAGCACAGGCUCCUCCACCAACAGCUGGACCCUCCUCUCCCCCGAGGAAGCAGCUGUGGAGAGCGUGGGGCCGGUGGAUGACGGCACUGAGAGUUUGGGAGAUGUCCCCAGUCUGUCGGAGGAGCUGGCAGGAGCUGCUGCAGAGUUCAAACACAUUGACAUUCCAAUAGAGACAGUCCUGUCUGAGGAGGGCCACCAGAUCUGUCAGGAGACCACUCCAGAACCAAGCGAGGGUCCCAUCCCGUCAAGUCCGUCCCGGAUCAGCCCGCUCCCCUCUCACUCCUUCAGCCCCCUUGAGGAAGACCCAGAGAGCCAGCCUCCUGUGAUCCAUGACAUCGUAGCCAGUUCUCCCAGUGACAACGACAACCUCAGCACCGUCCCAUUUGUCACUAAUUUGGAUUUGGGGACCCCUCUGGAGAUCCCCACCUCUGAUCUGCUCCAGGACGAAGAGGAGGUGUGCUGCGCCACUGACAACCCUCUUGCUGCUGUACCUAUGUUUGACAAACCUGUCGACAUUGGUCCAAUUAGUGAGAGACAAGAAGAGGAGAGUUCAAGUCCUCCAGAAGAAGAUGAAUCAAAACCAGGGGUCCCUUUAGAGACCCUUACAGCGGCAGAAGGCACUGAACCCGCACUACCUGUCCCACACGAUGACAGGCAGACAGAGGAGGAGAGCAAAGAGGAGCCCAGUGCAGUGCCAGAGGUGACCGAGGAGCCAUAUUGUCCCAUGGAGGUGUCAGAAUAUCCUGCUGAUAUCGAGGCUGAAGACACUGAAGGUCCAGCACCUGUCGAAGAAACAGUACUUGUCAAAGAAACGGCACCUGUUGAAGAAACAGUUGACUUAAAUGUAGAAAAAGAUGAGGCAGAGAAGCUCCCAGAAGAGAUAAUCCAGGAAGAGGAGGUGGAAAAUGAACCAGAGUCAUCCUACACUUUAGACACUGAAGACACAGGUGUCUUCGAUGAUGGACUGAGGAGAAGGAAUUUGCCAUCUUUUGAGGCACCAAGACCCAGGACAUCAGAUGAAGAGGAGGACGAGGAGGAUGAAGAAGUGGAGUUUAAAAUAGAAGAGAAGAAAGACACAAAGCCAUGGCUCUCUGUGAAUAAGUGCAUUGUGGCUGGUCUGGUUCUGCUGUUCCUGGGUUCCCUCUUCCUCUCAGGUGACAUUGACGGCCCCGAAGUGACUGAGGGUGAACAAAGCCAGGACUGGCUUAGUGGUGAUCCAAAGGAAAUGAAAGAGCUAUUGGAUAAACUUACGCAAGAAAACCAACAAAUUGCUCAGCUUGAGGCUCAGCUAAAGGCUCAGAAAGAAGAGUUAGACGUGGCACUAAAGGCGGUGGCGGUGAGCGGUGAUGAACAGAGGAGAGCAGAUUUGGAAACUGAGAAUGCAAAGUUGAAGGACGAGCUUCUGAUGCUGCCCAACCUGAAGAUGGAGCUGGAGAGUUUGAGAGCCAGAGUAACAGAGCUCACUGCGCUCUCAGCUCCUCAGGCAGUAACUCCAGCUCCCUCCUCCCUCCCAUCCUCCCCUGAACCUGGUGUCAACGAUGGUCCAAGAAACGUAAAGCCCCCUGUUCCUGAGAGGAAGAGCCCCCCAAAUGAAGCCCACGUCAAACAGGAACUUCAAAGACAAAAGAAACUUCUGGAGGAAAGCAGGAAGCGACUGGAGACAAUGAAAACUAAAGAUGUCAGCGAACGCAAACAUGUCAGAGAUAAUUUGGCUGAAAUUCAAAAGAGGCUUUCAGAAAAGGUUGAGAAGUGGGGCAAGAAGAAGCCAGAGGAGUUAAAAUGGAAAGGAAAUAAAGAUAAAAAGCAGUGGAAGAAAGAGGAGAAGAAAGAGUGGAGAGGGGAGAAGGACAAGAAAGAGAAAUACAGAAAUGAUGAAAAACAGGUUAAAUCAAAAUAUAACUCCCACAAAGAGGCUUGGAGGAAGAACGAGGACGAGUGGGAACGGAAAAAGGGGGAGCGGAGAUUGGACAGAGAGGAGAGAAGGAAAGAGAAACCAUGGCAUAACAAAACCAAUAAGAAAACCCAAGAUGGCGCCCAUCAUAGCCAUAAACAAAAGCCAAACCAGCAGGACUUCUGGAAGGACCAAGAGCAGAAACUAAACCGAAAUAUCCGCCCACAGCUCGGGUGCAAAAAUGUGGAAGACUGUGCCGCCAAAGAGGGGCUGUAUCCGGUCGAGUUGUCCGAAUUUGACGAGCUACUAGAGGGGUACUUGAGCAAACUGGACGACACCUCUUCCAGUGGCAAAGACAAAAUUCGUAAGCUUACAGCGCAGUUUUUCGAGAAUGGAGUGUUUAUUCAUGAUCGGAUGCGCUUCAGUGACUUUGCAGAGGAAGUGGCAGACAUUUUGGAAGAUGCUGUUGAUAUUUUAGAAGGGCACAAAGACAACAAAUCACUGGAGGAGGAGAUGGAGGAGUUUGAAAGAGAAGCUCUCUGGAAGUUUGCAGCCACAGCCUAAAAACUGGACUAAGAAAUGUAACACUAACAUAUUCAAAUCAACUGUGGGCUCAAUUUAAGGACACUAUAGCCUCUUCUUUUCAGAGUUGUAAUUAUUUGAAAAAAGAGAUAAAUGUCUGUUAUUAAAAAAAAAUAAGCUAGACUUGUGCUUGUCAUUUUGGACUUAGUUGUUGUUACCUACCUCCGUCAGGUCACUCAUAUGUGUUGUGUAGAUUUUCCUCUGCUUCAGGCUAUGGUGUUUUCUCAAUAACAAGUGCAUGUCACAGGCAGUAGAAUAACUAAAUACACCCAGAUUUGUUUUGAGUAGGAAAGCAAUUGGGGCAAUUUAUUCCCUUUUUUUACCUUGAUUACAAGAAAACCGUAUUUGAUUUUGCUGUGUGUCUGCCACAGUUUCUCUCCGAUUUGCAUGGGAGUUGUGUGCAGCAGGUUUGAACAAAUACUAGUUCUAUGGCAGGCAUAAGUGCUUUCCCUGCAGCGAGCGGGUGGCUCAUCCCACAGGACGUGGUGUGGAGACCAUUUCAGGUUUGACAAGUUUGUGCACUCUUCCAGAGUUUGGGGCAAGCUGACACAGUUAAAAAGUCCAAAGCAUUUGAUUUUCACUCCUCAACGUCAAUACCUGUCCAUGUGCUGGAACAGUAACUGUUUUGAGGAGCUAUGAAAUGCUACGGGACAUAACACCCUGAACUCCCUCAGUUUGAAUUACUUUGUUUUUUACCUACACUCGUUUACUUAUUUUCCUGAUGCUUAUUUUGUCACGUCGCCAUGGGAAUCUCCAGCACAUCAUGUACAUUUACUGGGUAUCCCAGAGCUUCAAGUGAAAUACUAAAGAGUCUGAGAUGAAUUCCUUCAAUGAAUUUUAAUUUCACCUUCAUGAGAUUGGCAACAAACAGUGUUUUAUCAUUCUUGUAUGUUGUGCACAUUGUUGAUUAGUAUUAGUUGUUAUAAGUUGAUGAAGGAAAUCCAUAUACUAAGUUUGAUUUAUGUCCUCAUGUUUUCUUAAUGUUGCCAUGGUCUUAUUUAGAGAUAGAAAGUAUUAGUUUGUGGUUGAAGCUUGAAAUUGUAUAAGUUUGUGUUUAUUUAUUUUUAAGUUGAAUUCUGUCUUUUUUCUUGAAGAACCACAUAGUUUUAGGCUCCAUAUACAUUGAAUGUGAAUAUGGUUUUCAGAACAUAGUUUGCCAGCUCAUGCUUAUGUGCCUUUAAAUUAUGGCUCUACUAUAUCAAUGGGAAAUCUUGAGUUUCAAAUAUCAGUAAUGUGCAUUUCACAUGAAAUAGUACUGCUGUUUGGCAGAGUGAAUGUCGCAGUUUACACUUUAGGUGUCAAACUUUAAUGUGUUAAAAAUGUCUUCUCUGCUGUGUGUACUUAGAAUGUAUUACAUUCAAAUAAUUUUAGACUAUUUAGACCAAAGGAUUUGGAAGAGAAUGCCAAAACGAAAAGAUUUCAUUUUGUUUUUGUUGGGCAACACCAGGGCUAAAACAUGAAGCUUUUAUCAUUUAUGCACCCUGUGAUAAGUGCAUGUAUUUGACCCCUGACCACUUUAUGCUAGUCUUUUCUUUCACCUGCAAUGUCCUUUUAGUCAGUGUUAUGUUCAAUAAACUUUUUCACCAAUAAAUUUAUGCUGUACCUGCA